AUGAACAAGAUGAAAAAUUUCAAGCGGAGGUUUUCACUCUCGGUUCCGCGGACAGAGACCAUCGAGGAGUCACUGACGGAGUUCACGGAGCAGUUCAACCAGCUCAACAACCGGAGGAAUGAAGGGCACCUGCAGCUGGGACACCUGGGCAGGGACUUCCGAGCAGACACCAGCCCCAUCUCCCCCUCCGAGGUGGAAGGCCAGUCGCCGAUGGCCGUAUGCUACCGCAACAACAACCAGCGUCGCUUCUCCAUGGAGGACGUCAGCAAGCGUCUCUCCCUGCCCAUGGACAUCCGCCUCCCCCCUGAAUUCUUGGAGAAGCUGCAGAUGGAGAGCCCGGAGUUCCCCAAGCCCCUCAGCAGGAUGUCCCGACGGGCUUCCCUCUCAGAUAUCGGGUUUGGGAAGCUGGAAACUUACGUUAAACUGGAUAAACUGGGAGAGGGCACUUACGCCACUGUCUUCAAGGGACGCAGCAAGCUGACCGAAAACCUCGUUGCCCUGAAGGAAAUCCGCCUGGAGCACGAGGAAGGGGCACCUUGCACGGCCAUACGGGAAGUGUCGCUGCUGAAGAACCUGAAACACGCCAACAUCGUGACCCUGCAUGACAUCAUCCACACGGAGCGCUCCCUCACCCUCGUCUUCGAGUACCUGGACAAUGACCUCAAACAGUACCUCGAUAACUGUGGGAACCUGAUGAGCGUGCACAACGUGAAGAUCUUCAUGUUCCAGCUGCUGCGUGGUCUGGCGUACUGUCAUGGGAGAAAGAUCCUGCACCGAGACCUCAAACCCCAGAACCUGCUCAUCAAUGAGAGAGGAGAGCUCAAGCUGGCUGACUUCGGACUAGCCAGAGCCAAGUCAGUCCCUACGAAAACGUAUUCCAAUGAGGUGGUCACGCUGUGGUACCGGCCCCCCGACGUCCUGCUGGGAUCUACCGAGUAUUCCACACCCAUUGACAUGUGGGGUGUUGGGUGCAUCCACUACGAGAUGGUCACCGGACGGCCCAUGUUCCCCGGCUCCACGGUGAAAGAAGAGCUGCAUUUGAUCUUCAGGCUGCUGGGAACCCCAACAGAAGACACCUGGCCUGGAAUAACAUCCAACGAGGAGUUUAAGGCUUACAAUUUCACGCAGUACCGAGCCCAGCCGUUAAUUAAUCACGCCCCGAGGCUGGACUCAGAAGGCAUUGACCUGCUGACGAACCUCCUUCUGUACGAAGCCAAAGGCCGGAUUUCGGCGGAGGCAGCCUUGCGGCACGCUUACUUCAAGAGCCUGGGAGAGCGGGUGCAUCUCCUGCCUGACAACGUCUCCAUCUUCUCCCUGAAGGAGAUCCAGCUUCAAAAGGACCCUGGCUACCGAGGCUCAGCCUUUCAGCAGUCAGCCCGAGGGAAGAACAGGAGGCAGAGUAUAUUUUAA